UGGUCUUACUCCGAUAUUUCCAAGGCACAUCCCUAGCAGUGGUCAUAAAACUGCUAAUCUGCCCGUCUUGGUGAACUGGGAACCAUCCAAUCCGACGAUUAGAUUGCUGAAGAAAUGGCCAGUGCUCGGAACCUUUUGCUGCUCUCCUCGUCGCGAUUGCAUGGCCAUGGAUAUUUGGAGCACGCCCGCGGCCAACUGGAGGAUCUCUUCAAGGGUGCCAAUGUGAAGACGGUUCUCUUUGUGCCGUACGCUCUGCGGGAUCACGACAAGUAUACCGCCACCGUGCGGAAUGCCCUGCAGCCAUGGGGAUAUAAUGUGGAGGGACUGCACACGAAACCGGAUCGCGAGAAGGCUCUCAAGGAGGCACAGGCCAUCUUCGUGGGCGGCGGCAACACCUUCGUCCUGCUGCGCACCCUCUACGAGAUGCAGCUGCUCGAUCCGAUCCGGGAACUGGUGCUCCAGCGGGGAUUACCCUAUGUGGGCAGCAGUGCCGGCACCAACGUGGCCACCAGGUCCAUCCACACCACCAACGACAUGCCGGUGGCCUAUCCGCCCAGCUUCGAGGCCCUGGCCCUCGUCCCCUUCAACAUCAAUCCGCACUACCUGGAUCCGGAGUCGGGCAGCCAGCACAAGGGCGAGACGCGGGACGAGCGGAUCGAGGAGUUCGUGGCCUACCACGGACUGCCCGUUCUCGGUCUGCGCGAGGGCACCAGUGUCCGCGUCCAGGGCGAGAAGGCCACGCUCCUGGGCGAUCGCCACGCCAAGCUGUUCAAGCCUGACGGCGAGGCCGAGGAGCUAGCCCCCCAAGCGGAUCUCAGCUUCCUGAUGCAAAAAUAGGAAAUACAAAUCAAUUCCAACGAUUCAGUUAAAGAAAACAUCCAAAUUUAUUGUACAUAUGCACAUACAUAAUUUGUAUUAUUCUGCAAUAACAACAAUUCCUAAACAUAAACAGUAAACAUAUAUAGUAAAUUUACACUAUGACUAAAGGUAAAAAAAA